AUGGGGGAUGACUUGAAGCCGUGCUGCUGCAAGCAGUGCCGCUGUCACAGCAUCCCGGUGAGCAUGCUGGCCAGAGGGCAGCUGGUGGUCGUGGUGGUGCCAGGCUGCCAAUGCCUUCGGGAUUCCUGGGGAAGAAGCUGGGGUGGUGAAAUCCAGGACUGUGCCUACUUGGACAGCGAAAGUGCCUACAGCGAGUCAGAGCUCUUCCCUGAUGACGACACGAUGACUCUAGCACAGCAAGAGGUUCACCAUGAGUCUGACAUGGACAGUGCUAUUGAGAGUGCCCAGAGCUCGGAGGCCUCUGACGUGUGUCGGAGCGAGGAGAAGGACGGUGUGCUUGGUGGCCUGUUUCUGCCUGGUGACAAGUCAAGUCCUCACAACCCUUCUGCAGCAUCUGACCUCUCAACUUAUUCCACUGCCUCUCUGAUCAGUAAUGAAGAACAGUUUGAAGACUAUGGGGAAGGAGAUGAUGUGGAUUUUACUCCCAGUAGUCCAUGCCCUGAUGAUGAGACAAGAACCAACGCCUACUCUGACCUUGGCUCAUCUGUAUCUUCCAGUGCUGGUCAAACACCCCGAAAAAUGAGGCAUGUUUAUAACAGCGAGUUACUGGAUGUUUACUGCUCACAAUGCUGCAAAAAGAUAAAUCUACUCAACGAUUUGGAAGCCAGGCUGAAAAACUUGAAAGCAAACAGCCCUAACAGGAAAAUAUCAAGCACAGCUUUUGGAAGACAACUUUUCCACAACAGUAACUUCAGCAGCAGUAAUGGCAGCACAGAAGACCUGUUCAGAGACAGUAUAGACUCCUGUGAUAAUGAUAUAACUGAAAAGGUAACGUACCUAGAAAAAAAGGUGACAGAACUGGAGAAUGAUAGCCUGACAAAUGGUGACCUGAAGAGCAAACUGAAACAAGAGAACACACAGCUAGUUCACAGAGUUCAUGAGCUAGAAGAGCUAUUGAAAGACCAAGAGACAUCAGCAGAACAGACUCUGGAAGAAGAAAUAAAGAGACAUAGAGAAGCAUAUACCAAGUACGAAAAAGAGAAAGGCACCGAAAUUGAACUGCUCAAUACAAGGGUUCAGCAACUGGAAGAAGAAAAUGGUGAGCUGAAAAGCACUGUCACACGACUGAAAUCACAAACAGAGAGACUAGAUGAGGAAAGGCAACGCAUGUCAGAUAGGUUGGAAGACACUAGUCUGCGACUGAAGGACGAGAUGGAUUUGUACAAGAGAAUGAUGGACAAGCUGCGGCAGAACAGACUGGAAUUUAACAAGGAGAGGGAAGCCACGCAGGAGCUUAUUGAAGACUUGCGGAAGGAACUGGAGCACUUGCAGCUGUACAAGUUGGAAUGUGAGCGUCCUGGACGUGGCAGAAGCUCUUCAUCCAGCGUGAGUGAAUUCAACGCCAAAACCAGAGAGGUGGAAAUGGAGCAUGAAAUAAAACGGCUGAAGCAGGAGAAUCAGAAACUUCGUGACCAAAACGAUGAUCUUAAUGGACAGAUCCUAAGUCUUAGUCUUUAUGAAGCUAAAAAUCUCUUUGCAACACAAACAAAAGCCCAGUCACUGGCUGCUGAAAUUGAUUCUGCAUCAAGAGAUGAGCUCAUGGAAGCCCUUAAAGAACAGGAAGAGAUAAAUUACAGAUUGCGACAGUAUAUGGACAAGAUCAUUUUGGCAAUCCUAGACCACAACCCGUCUAUCUUGGAAAUAAAGAAUUGAAGAGAAUAUGAGAAGAAAAAGCAGCAACUGCCUGAUACUUCUGCACAUGCUACUGGAUCUAAACAACACUCUGAUACUGUAAAUUAAUCUAUAAAUAUAUAUAUACACUACGUGUGAGUGUGGGUGCGCGGGUGUGUUUAUAUGAUGUUUGGUACACUGUUACUUGUCAUUGAAUUGGCUUGGUUAGACUUUUUCCACGCACUUUCAAUGCCUGUGAUAAGAUGGACACUGUAUAUUAAUGUAAUAACAAUAUAACUGGAUCAUGCUGUUUUAGAUACUGGACAAAAUGACUCUACCUCUAGUUGUAAAGGUGAAAAAGACAAUGGAAACAUAUGGAUGUGGCCCUAACUUUAGGAGCAAGAAUUGUGCUUCCGUUCUUCCAGGAAUUUGGGUACCACGAACCAAUUAACAUACCCAGGUUCAGUUCCUGACUGGUGCUGACUGUGUAAUUUCCUAUUUGAUUUAGUUUUAGUACUUAAACCACACACAGGAUAAAAAAA